GUUCUGACAUCGGAAUAUGGCCACUGCGUUGUCGAUAGCAAUGACUUCUACGAAAUAACCACCGCCGGCAACACCUACUGGGCGACCGUGAAGAAAUACAAGUACUCGGAGCGUCAGACUGCGUGCCAAAAGGACAUGGUCCCAGCGGUCAUUCAGGACGAGCCGGAGUACCAGGAUGUGAUCAAGGCCAUCAGGGCCACCGGGAGAAAUAAGAUCCGGCUCUGGCUGGAAACCAACCAGGCCAAGGCAGGUGUCAUUAGCUGGGCUAAAGAGAACAUCGACCCAUCUCAUUUUGCCGAUCCAGCUGAAACCCAGAACUUGAAUGAAGUUGUGCAAUGCUCCGAAUCUUGUGUGGCGGUCAUCAAAGUCGCUGACAACAAUGCAAUUCAGUUGCAUUCCACUUGCUGCAAGAACGAAUUCCGGCAUCUUUGUGCGGAUGAGAAUGAAUGCGAGAAAGGAACCCAUACCUGUGACAUCAGUAAAGAACGCUGUGUCAACGAGCUAGGCACUGGCUAUGAAUGCGUCAAGGUUCCAUCCACCCCGGAAGCGUCGCUAAAGAUAGUUCCCAAAGGCGGGAACUUAAUCGGAGCCAAUCUGACUUGCUCUUACAAAGGCAAGGGGACGGUUGAAAAAUUCAAGUGGUACCAGAACGGGAAUUUCCUUUUGGACACCGUGGGGCUGACAUUUAAUUUUGAUAAUGUACUGGCAACGACUGAGGGGAAAUACCAGUGCAGUGUUGUGGUGUCAGGGCUGGAGUCAGCGCUUAGCAACGAUGUCCAACUCACCCUAUCAGUUCUUCCAGGUCAGCCCAAACUGAGCGUAUCACGUGACCUUCCUGUGCCGCCAAGGCAGAAUGUGACCUUGACCUGCACCCCGCCAACACAUGAUAACAAUAACCUUGCCUUUUCCUGGAAGAAAAACAGCGGGCAAAUUAUCGAACACAAAGAAUCGAAUCUUCACGUCGCCAGUUUCUUGCCCAGUGACGAUGCCUCGUACACUUGUCAAGUUCAGAAUACUGCGUCAGGUCUGUUCUCCCCUGACAGUAAUGACAUAUAUCUCCAUUUUGUUAUAUCUACCCCAAAGUUGUCUAUCUACGCGUUGCCCAGAGUGGCCGGCGACACGCCCAGAGAGACUCUCCAAGUAGCCAAAGGUGGUGGCGUGGAGUUCACGUGUAAGAGCAAUGACCCAGUGGACAAAUUCUUCUGGCAAACGCCACACAGUACGACAGCCCGUUUUCCUUCGACUGAGAAUUUCGAGCUGCUUAAUUUCACACCUGACGAUCAUGCCGGAAACUAUUCGUGUUUCUCAGAGAUAGGGGAUGUGAGGUCAAAACAAAGCAACAACGUCACCCUGCAGGAAAAGGAUCUUGCCACUCCCUCUUUGUCCGCUGACGUCACAAUGGUGAUGUGGGGAUCUUCCGUUACAUUGACGUGCAAAACUUCGGACGUGGGAGUUAGUAACUACUUCUUGUCCCACGGCAGUGCGAUUAGGACGAUGCAAACUUCGACAUUUCAGUUGGACAACGUAAACUCAGCGGACAUGGGGGCGUACAAAUGUCAAACAAAAGUAAACAAGGCCUCAUCCCCAUUCAGCAAUGUUGUAACCUUGAGUCUUGCUGACUCCACACCACGUAUUCUCACCAACAAGACAGCACCAUUUCCUGGGGAAAACGUUGAACUCUUUUGUUCGUCUCCAAUACCGACUUCUGCUAACUUUACAUGGAAGCUGAAUGGUGGUCCGGUGGCGAACGCACUUGUAGACACACUAAGUGUCUCACAUUUUGGAGACGGUGACGAAGGCAACUAUACCUGUGACUUGAAACUGUUCGAUGGCACUACCUUAACAAGCAGCCCUUUGGAAGUGUCCAUCAAUACGUCCAUACCAAAACUGAUCUCAUCGCUAACGAACGUUCCUGAAGGUACUCUGGUGAAACUCUCUUGUCAAUCUCACAAUCCCAUGCAUCUCAGGUUCCGUUGGCAGAAAGAUGACGUCACAUUCGGUGAAGGAGCUGCAUCCACUUUUAAGAUUUUAAAUUUCGAAAAUGAAGACCAGGGCGUAUACCGUUGUCUCGCGGGUGACAUCAAUCACAAUUGGACUCCUAGCACAGCAAAAAACCUGACCGUUAUUCCACACAACUCACUCUGUAAAUGUAAGUGCAUCGCCAAUUCAACUAGUGUGGAACUCUCUUUGGAAGAAGUACAAGAAGUGACGUCAGACAUUCAACGGAAUUUGAGCGUGGACCACUCCCACCUCUCGUCUACCGUGAGAAAAGUGAUGUCAGCACCCGAUGAACGGACGUCCAGCAUGUCUACUGGUGCAGGGGCCAUCGUCAUGUUGUCUCUGGUCUUCUGCGCCAUCAUCAUCCCCGACUUGGUGACUGCCAUCUACUUCAUCAAAACUUUAGUCCAAACUUACAAACAAUAGUUGUCUGGUCUGACACAAUACGUUGUCAUUGCUUCAAUCUGUUUGUCAAAACUGUACUUUAAAAAAAAAGUUUUUCACAAA